UGUGAUUUUCUUCACUUCCUUAAGAGACCCCCCACUGAUCCAAAUUAGUCAUUGUGUAAAUGGGUUCUCUGCUGUGCUUGCUUUUGGUUAUUAUUCUUCCCUUGUGUUGUUGUGUUGAUGCUGCUUGCUCUAGUGGAAACUGCAGGCUUCAUGAUGGGUGCUCGUCUAAUGGUGAUUGUGGAACCGGGCUCUAUUGUUUCUCAUGUCCACUUGGGUUUUCUGGCUCUAGGUGCGUGAGAUCUUCCAUCACAGAUCAAUUCAAGCUCAUAAAUAACUCUUUACCAUUCAACAAAUACGCAUUUUUGACAACGCACAACGCUUUUGCCAUUGAUGGCGAACCAUCUCACACAGGAGUGCCUCGAGCAACCAUCACUAACCAGGAAGACAGUAUAACCCAGCAGCUACAUAGUGGAGUUCGGGGACUAAUGCUAGAUGCAUACGAUUUUGAUGGAAAUGUGUGGUUAUGCCAUUCAUUUCAAGGCCAGUGCUAUGAUUUCACAGCUUUUGAACCGGCUAUAGAUACACUCAAGGAAAUUGCAGCUUUUCUAUCAGCCAACCCAACAGAAAUUGUCACACUCAUAUUGGAAGAUUAUGUUAAAACACCAAAAGGAUUGACAAAAGUCUUCACCGAAGCUGGUUUGAUGAAGUUUUGGUUUCCUGUGACAAGCAUGCCAAAAAAUGGGGGAGAUUGGCCUCUGGUGAGGGACAUGGUUGCUAAAAGCCAUAGAUUACUAGUGUUCACUUCAGUAAGGUCUAAGGAACAAAGUGAAGGCAUUGCUUAUCAGUGGAAUUACAUGGUUGAAAAUCAGUAUGGGGAUGGUGGAAGGAAUGCAGGAAGCUGUGCACAUAGAGCAGAAUCAUCUCCUCUUGAUGAUAAGAGCAAGUCCUUGGUGUUGGUAAACUAUUUUCGAUCGGCUCCGCUUAAGCCGAUCACAUGUAUGGAUAAUUCUGGAGGCCUCAUUGACAUGCUAAAAACAUGUCAUGGUGCUGCUGGCAACAGGUGGGCUAAUUAUGUCGCUGUUGAUUAUUACAAGAGGAGUGAAGGAGGAGGAUCUUUUCAAGCCGUGGACACCCUCAAUGGGAAGCUGUUGUGCGGUUGUAAUGAUGUUCAUGCUUGCGUGCCUGGAUCUACUUCACAAGCUUGCUCAGCAUAGAAAGCAUAGCAAUUCCAAAUGUGUUAGCUAUAGUUACUGGAAGAUGUUGAAACAUGCAAGUGAAAAUUU